AUGCCGUUCCUACAUGCCCCUCCACAUCCUCAGCGCGCCCCCUUCACCACCCUCCUCAAGCACAGCUCCGGAAGCAGCGCCCUCGGGCCGGCCCUCCACACAGCUCUCCCCGAGGCGGCCCGCACCUUCCGCGCCACAUCCCCGCGCAAGCCAGAGGGGUCAACCCUCGUCCACGCGGAUUCCAUAAUCAGAGGAGGCUCCCUCCAGAGCCAGAGGGCUCCAGUCCCUCCCCAAAAGAGAGCGAGACUGACAGGCCGACUGACCCCAGAAGCACGGCCGCCCACCCAACAUGCUCCCCAGAACCAGAAGAACCCCCCCCCCCCCCCCCGGACGGGCCCAGCCCCCACCCCGUACUCGCCAGAUCCAGGACUACCCCGCCCCGAACUAAAGCGACUCCCCACAUUCAUACUAGAACCAGAACGCCCCCCACCAGACCCAGGGGGGCCCAGCCCCUCACAAAGACCCUACACCCAGUACCCUUCGCCGGAACACUGGACACCACACACCGCUAGACCCAGGGCCCCCCACCAAACGAAGAGGGGCCCAGCCCCCCCUCCACACGCUCGAGCCAAGGCCUCCCAUCGGAGCCAGAGUCCAGCCCCUACACAUACCCCCCAGAAUCAGAACCCCCCCUCACAAUCAAAGAGGCCCAGCCCGCCUACAUUCACCCUAGAACCAGGACACCCCGCUAGACCCAGAGGGGCCCAGCCCCUCACAUCCACCCACCCUAAAACCGAGGCGCCCCACCAAAACCGGAGGAACCCACCGCCGCCCAUAAGCGCCUCGGAACCGGAGCAGACUCCCACCCAGCCCCCCCCGCCCCAAUGCCGAGGCCGGGGGUCGGCUCCGCCGCAGCGCCGCGGUCGCCGGCGCGGGGCUCCUACCUCUCCGCCAUCUUCCUCCCCGGGCGCUCGCUCUCACAGGGCCGGCGGGGCGCGAGCCGCGGGGGCGGCGGCGGCGGCGGCGCGGACGGAGUCCCUCAUAUCGGCCCGGCCCGGCCCGGCCCGGCCCGCGCCGCACGGGGCUCCUGCGGCUCCUGCGGCCCCGGCUGCUGCGGCUGCGGCUGCACGCUGCUCCACGACGCUUCCCCAGCCGCCGCCGCCGCCGCCGCCGCCGCCGCUGUCGCCUCCAGAUCCUGCGCGGAGCCCGGAGCCCGCGCGCGUCCUCCCGUCACCAAGCGCAACCCCCCGCCCUCCUACUCCGCCUCCUGCUCUCGCCUCCCGCCUCUCCCCGCAGCCCCUUCUCCCCGCCGCCAGCCGCCGGGCGGCGCUAGGAGGACGUGGAGCGGCGAGAAGAGAGCGCCGCGGCGCGAGCCCUCGCUGCUGGGGAUCAUGGGAGACGGAGUUCCAGCCUCCCGGAGGGGAAGGGGCUGCAAAGGUCAUUUGGGACCGGGGAACUUAG